AUGGAUCCAUCGUUUACUGCGUACUAUGUCGCAGAACUGCCUCUCCAGAGCAGCAUACGCAACUUUUUGGAGCGGCAGAGACGCUUCCAGCGCAACCUAGCGGUGGUGAGUUCUGGAGGCACCACGGUACCGUUGGAGAAGCAUACCGUACGGUUUUUGGACAACUUUUCUACAGGGCGUCGAGGAGCUGCUUCAGCCGAAUACUUUCUGGAGUCAGAGUACGCAGUGGUUUUUCUGUAUAGGGAGGGCUCGUUACGGCCGCUGCAGCGGCGCUUGGCGAAACUCGUCACGGAUCCCGUCACUGUUUUGGUGUCAGAGGGCCAUAUUAAGGAAGGGGUUGCGUCUUUCCGAGUCACGGCGGAUGCGCAGGCAGCGCUUGUGCAGUACGAACGCGCGCUCAAGGAGGAGCGAGUUCUCGAAGUGCCGUUCUGCACCGUCUAUGAGUACGCACAGUAUUUGGAGUUGAUUGCGAGUGCAUCUGCUGUUUUCGAACGCAAUGCUAUCCUGUACAUGGCUGCGGCAGUUUCCGACUUUUACCUGCGGUUUGAAGACUUCAAGAGUCAUAAGCGAACCUCGGACUCUGCGUUGGUGUUGAAGUUGAGCUGCACACCAAAGCUUUUGGACCUGUUGCGUGAGCUCUGGGCGCCACAGGCGUUUGUCGUUGCUUUCAAACUCGAAACCAGUAUGGAGACUUUGCACGAACGAGCACAGUUGACUGCUAGCCGCAGCGGAGCCCAUAUCAUGGUUGCGAACCUGCUGCACGAACGCCAUCAUAGGGUAUGGAUUCUGGAGAACGGGCGAAUGGAGGAAAUCGAGUGUCCCGAGUCGGACACGGAAAUAGAGAAACGCAUUGUGGAGGCUGUCAUCGCAUCGCACCGCUGCUACUUGGAUGCAGAUCGCUAG